UUAGACAACACCCAUGACGAGGACCUGCAUCACCAAGGUUGCAUCACAACGAGCAGAAUAGAAGAGGUGUCAAGACGCCAACGGUCUGUCAACCUUGGACUAGCUACGGUAGCAUCCACUGUAGCCGCGCCAUUCUCAUCAGUUUUUGCCAUUGACAGAGACCCAUUGUUUGGUCAGGACUACGCUACCUGAAGAUUGUUGAAGAUUCUCACUGUUGCUUUCUCAUUAGUCUAUUUUUGGCUUGCCAUGAUGCUUGGAUCCACUUCAAAUAGUCGAAGAAUAACUGCCUUUCCUCUGGGACUCUGGAGUGGUCUCUUCUUGUUGCUACUGUUGAAAUACCAAGUGCAUGGUGCCUUUACGCAGUCGUUUGGUGCAAGUCUCAGUCAGCAGCAUGCGGUCCGCACAAAGCAGAACAGUGAAGCAGCAUCAUCAACAGGAUCAACAACAAAUUCUGCUCCCAUUCUCUUGUUUGGAGGAAGAAACAACAACAACAUACAAUCCACAUCCUCAUUGAGUGUGACUGCCAAUGGUGCCAAUGGAUCUGCCUCAAGUGUCAGUAAUAAUAGUCAAAAGAAACAGUACCAACACGUCUUGGCCAUUCUGACCAUGCCCAACACGUCCAUGGAUCGAAUUGCCAAUGAAGCCAUUUUGAAUCAAGCGCUGUCCAAUACCAACAAACUCUCCAUUUUCUUGCGCUGCCAAGGAGGCAAGUCUCCCUCUUUGGCCAACUUGAGACGGUACAUGGGAGAAGUAUACAGUCAACUCUGGGACUUUGCCAUGGCGUCCGACGCGGCCGUUGACUUUAACAAUGUCGUGGUUUAUCCACAAAAUUUACCCAAUUCCGCCGCCGAACAAUGGAUCUAUCAUUUGCCCGAUCUCGAUGCCGUUUGCUCCCACGAUUCCAUUUGUGGAUGGAUUUCGGAAGGAGCCGGAGGACGUGGCGCGCAAUUCCAAUUCCAGUUGGGAGAUGGGGUGGGAGGAUUGGAUACACAUGUACAAGUCGUCAAUGAGGAUCGACUGGCACGAGGGCUCCAACAAGUCACGGCAUUGCAUGUCAAAAAUUGGCCCAUUGGAGCAUCCGCCAUUCAGUUGAAUCAGGAACAUGUCAUUUUUGUCGAUGACGAUGCCGUCGCACGACAACAACAGAAAAGUAGUUCCGACGACAACAAUAGUCCCGGGAGUGGUCUCUUUCUUGGUGGGGCUCGUAUCCCCGACAAGUCGCUCUUUAACUGUGUCGCCGUCGGUGGGACAUUUGAUGGGAUGCACUAUGGACAUCGCAAACUAUUGACACUUGCCGUGUCCUCCAUCCUUCCCGUUACGGGACGACUCAUGGUCGGAGUCACUGUCGAUGACAUGCUCCAAAGCAAACAAUUCGCCGAAUACAUUCCUUCCAUGAAAGAACGCAUGGAGGGAGUUCGAGAAUUCUUGCAUCGAUUGGCACCCGGAAUGAAAAAUAGAAUUUCCAUUGAACCCAUUUCCGAUGCCUACGGACCACCGGGCAAGGCAGCCACCGGAGCGGCAUACGAUGCACUCGUGCUCAGUCAUGAAACAUUGGAAAAUGGAGUCAAACUCAACCAACAUCGAGCAACGGAAUUGGGCAUGGAACCACUGACGCUCCUUUGUACACGACGAACCGAAGCCUACGGAAUGAGCAGUACCACUCUGCGAAGGUUGAGAAGCAUGUCCAAAGUCGAAACUGAAAAUGUUCUAGAUCGAGUGUAGAACGCAAGAAACACAAAAAAUAAAACUUUUACACACGCACAGCUACAUGCAUACUUUUACUCUACACGUCUGGUAAACUUUGGGAACCGUUUUCUCGUAGUUCUAUCCAAUACGAUA